UGUUACCGUUUUGCUUAGCGUCAUCAGUCUCCUCCAAAACAAUUUACCGAUAGGAUGAAUUUGAUUUUUUUUGUACAAUGGUUGUACUAAAAGUGUUUGACAUUUCCUAAAUAUUUACGUUCAUAAACAAUCAAACAACAAAAUUGCCUAAUCAGUGUAAAUCACAAAACAUUGUUGGAUCGAAACGACAGAGACAAGUGUCUAAUAUAUGGUGAUUUUGUUGAAUGUGAAGCGGGAGACUCGAAUCAUAUGUUGAACAAUAAUAUGCGGUUUUAGUGAAUGUUGUUGAUGUAAAUUAAACACAGUCUAAAUUAAGAAGCGGCUGUGAUUAAAGUGUACAAAUUCGUUGAUGUGUGUGUCGUUCUGUUCGGUAUUUCACCAAAAAUCACAUCCGACCAUGAAUCCGCUGAAGACUUAUAUACUGUCACUGUGUCUGGUGUGUGUGGGAUUGAUGAUUCCGCGGCAAACCAGCGGUGAAGUAUUCACAGCAUUAGCCGAAAUGGAAGAAUUAUUAGAGACUGAGGCGUAUUUAAUAAGUAACUUAGAAGCGUACAUAGCCACCCAAGAACAAAAAUUAAAUUUUUUGAAAAGACGAGCCGUAGAUUACCUGAAGGAGCAUAAAGAAGCUGAAUCGGAUGUGAGUGGAUACCUCUCAAAUCCGAUCAAUGCAUAUCUACUUACCAAAAGACUUACCAGUGACUGGAAAUCGAUCGAAGCUGUCAUGACAUAUGACGUUGGAUCGGAAUAUCUGGGCAACAUAACCGUUUACAAGCAAUUCCUAAAAUUUCCAUCCGACGAAGACUUAAAUGGCGCAGCAGUAGCUUUGAUGAGAUUACAAGACACCUACAAUCUGGACACUUCGAGCAUAGCCAGAGGCGAGUUGAACGGAGUUCAGUACAGUACCGAAAUGACUGCUAAUGAUUGCUUUGAAAUGGGUCGGCAAUCAUAUUUAAACAAGGACUAUUAUCACACAGCUUUAUGGAUGCGUGAAGCAAUGGAUCGAUUAACUAGCGAUACGAAUCACACAACCAGCACCUCAAAGGCAGAUAUUCUCGAAUAUUUAGCAUUUUCGGUAUAUAAACAAGGCAAUGUCGCAUCUGCUUUAAAAAUGACCAAUCAAUUGUUGGAACUGCUGCCGAAUCAUGAACGAGCCAACGGUAAUAAAGCUUUCUACGAAAAACAUCUGAAGGAAGAGGAGGUCACCAAAGCCGACAAAAAGUUAAAGGGUGACGAUGGAUCCGAUGACUUGGACGAGGAUAAUAUUUAUACAACCAAACCGUACAGUAAUCCUCACAUUUAUGCAACGCCCGAACGCCGUUUGUAUGAGAUGUUAUGCCGUAAUGAGAUUCGCCUAACGCCAGCCGAACUAUCGAAGUUAAGGUGCAAAUAUGUCACGAACAAUUCACCUUUUUUGACAAUUGCACCGCUCAAACUGGAGGAAGCAUACCUGAAACCAUACAUUGUCAUUUACCAUGAUGUCAUGCAUGAUAACGAGAUCGAUCUGAUUAAAACGAUGGCCAAACCGCGGUUCAAACGUGCCACCGUUCAAAACCACAAAACCGGUGAACUGGAAGUGGCCCAUUAUCGAAUCAGCAAAUCUGCGUGGCUGAAGGACGAGGAACAUAAAUACGUUGCGGACAUUAGCCAAAGAGUCGAAGACAUGACCGGCCUGACGGCGGAAACGGCAGAAGAGUUGCAAGUGGUCAAUUACGGCAUCGGCGGACACUACGAACCGCAUUUCGAUUUCGCUCGACGUGAAGAAACGCAGGCGUUCAAGAGCCUUGGCACGGGAAAUCGAAUAGCCACCGUCUUGUUUUAUAUGAGCGAUGUAGCACAAGGAGGCGCUACCGUUUUUCCAGCAUUGAAUUUAGCCCUCUGGCCGAAGAAAGGCACGGCGGCGUUUUGGUACAAUUUACACGCAUCUGGCGAGGGAGAUUAUUUGACACGGCAUGCGGCAUGUCCGGUACUAACUGGUAGCAAAUGGGUGUCCAAUAAGUGGCUGCACGAGCUGGACCAAGAAUUCCUACGUCCCUGUGAACUACUACCGGAUCAUCCAGACAUGUAGUGAUUUUGUAGACCUUUUUUUUUUCAUACUCAAAUUAGUCUUAAUGUGUUCUUUGCCAAAAAAAUCGUAUGUUACUAGUGCAGUGUAAUGCUUAUUACUUACUUCUAAUGUUUAAUUUUUGAAUAGAAAGUCAAACUUAUAUCAAAUACUCGAUUUAAAUCGACACCCAACGAUGACAUGAUGUUGAUGAAUGCAUUUAAAGUAAAAUUUAAAUAAAAUUUAUAUUUUUUACAAAGCCA